AAGAGGAGAAAAUUCAGAGUGUCCUCGGUGCACAUCAAAGGUGUGAUGGGUAAAAGCAGUAGCAGCCUGAACCGUUCUGUUGCCUUGUCCUUCCUACCCCAUGACAUGUGCACGGCUGAAGCAACCGCAUCUUUGCUCCAAGCAGAAGAAACCUUCUCAGCAUGCCUGGCACGGAUAGAUGCCCUCAUCCUCAAGCCUUUGCUCCAGGCAGAGCCUCAUGACCAGAAAGGAAAGGAGAAUUUUAAACUGCUCCUUCUGCUGAAUGAUCGAUUUCAAGCUCUCUGGAACUUCACGGAAGAAAAUUACCGGAUGCUCAAGCAAAAAUGCAACGCUUCUGAGUCAUUCUGCAUCCAAGACUUUUACACUGUCUGGAAAGGACACCUGUUUCUAAGCCUCUACAUUCAAUAUUUUGUCACUUUUGCAAACUACGUUGUAAUCCACGGCUUUGAACAUGCUACAAAGAGCAAAAGUGAAGCCUGGAAGCACCAUAAGACAGUACUGAAACAAUUCUUCACAGACUUCACCUCCGAGUCCUCCAUGUCUUUGGCCUUAUACACUGUACUUCACAAGCCAAUCCGGGAUCAUGUUGAACGACAUGUACUGCUCCUUACUGAACUGAACGAGGCACUGAAAGAGGACCCUGAAAAGGAAUUGGUUACCAGUGUUAUCAAGGAGUAUGUGAAGCUCGAGUCCUUCAUCAGCCAAGUCCUAGAUGAAGCUUGUUUUACCAAGGCCCUAUGGAAAUCCCUGGGCUACAAAUUCACGGAUGUGCUCUGUGUUCCCGAAAGACGGCUGCUGGAAGACAGCAGAAAUCUCCCUAUUUCUGCCAGCACGAACCGGUCGGACCGAAUUCUGCUCUUUGAUGAUGUCCUUGUGCUAAUUCAGGGGAACAGCUUUCAGAGUUUUGAUCUGAAGCUUGUAUGGGUAGACAAAAACUGCAGGGAGAAGUCAGCUCCUGGAGCGCAUGUUCUCCGUAUCGUUACACCAGAAGAAACAUUCUUUUUGUCUGCCAAAGAUCCUCAGAUGAAGGCUGUUUGGCAGUGGAAGCUGAACCAAGCCAUCCGCCAGGCUCUCAACGGGAAACGUGACUUCCCACUGUGGGGCAAGACCGGGGAAGGCACCGAGCCUCCGUCCUGCCGCUUCUUCAGCUACGUCUUCAAGCUGGAGGGCAAGUUCAAGAGCGCAACCUAUGAGGGCGAGUGGCACUGGGGAAAGCCACAUGGCAAGGGGACACUGAAGUGGCCUGAUGGACGGAACCAUGUUGGAGACUUCAAAGAGGGGUUGGAGCAUGGAUUUGGAAUAUGCCUUGUCCCACGUCGGUCUGAAGACCGGUAUGACUGCUACAAGUGCCACUGGUCCCAGGGCAAGAUGAGAGGCUAUGGAAUCUGUGAGUAUGGUAAUGAAAUGGUCUACAAAGGCUACUUCAAAGAUGAUAUGCGUCAAGGAUUUGGGAUUCUGGAGAGCACCGCAGCUGAUCGUCCAUUUAAAUACACCGGACAAUGGGAAAAUGACAAGAAGAAUGGAUACGGAGUCUGGGAUGACAAAAACAGAGGAGAGAGGUACAUAGGGACGUGGCAGGAUGAUCACAAACAUGGACAAGGCAUUGUAGUGACCCAGUCAGGAGUCUGCUAUCAGAGGACGUUUCAUGCUGGUAAAAUGGUGGGUUCUGGGAUUCUGCUCUUGGAAGAUGACUCUGUCUAUGAAGGAAACUUCACAGAAGAUCUAACAUUCGUUGGCAAGGGAAAGCUGUCAUUUGCCAAUGGCUUCAUUCUGGAGGGAACCUUUACUAACAAAUCAGGCCAAGGCCUUCAGACUCAAGGCAUCCUGAACACGUCAAAUGAGCAGCUGGAUGACAGGAUAACCAAAGUUCAGUUGGGCCUUGCGGAGUUCCCGGUAGAGAAGAGGUGGAAGGGAAUCUACGACCAGUUCCUGGAGUUCAUCCAGUCUGGCUGCAAAGAAGAAACAGAGGAGUCUUUCACGGGCUUCCACAUACAAACAAGCAAGGAGCUGCGGAAAUCUCAGGAAUACCUCUUCUGCCAAAGAGGAGCUGAGGAUGCAUCCUGGAAGACAGAAGAUAUUCUUGAAGAGCUAGUCAAGCACCAGGAGCUGGCAUCACUACACUGUUAUUUAGACAAAGCGCUGAAGUCUUCUCUGCACCCACUGGGAAAGCUGCUGAAGGCCUUGAUGAUAGCUUUCCAGGCAGCGUAUUCUGGGAUUGGGGCCAACAGACACUUGCUGACUAUGGCUCAGGAGGAAGUCAAGUACUACGCAAAGAAAAUAUGGGAGUUUUACCAGGGCUUGCUCUGUCUGGCACUUGAACAGAAAGGCCAGCUGCCCACAAAGUGUGCGGAUGGAGAGAUGAAUGACCAGAAGGCAUGCAGUAUAGUCCUGCCUCUGAUCCUGCCGUGCUUCUACCCCGAGCUCUUCAUGCUCUACAUGCUCUAUCACGAAAGAGAAGAUGAUCUCUACUGCCAAGGGAUUGUGGACCUAAGCCUGUUUCCUGACAUCAAGCUGCUAGAGUUUCUGGAUGUGCAGAAACAUUUAUGGCCUCUGAAAGAUCUCACCCUGACAACUAACCAGAGGCGCUCCCUUAUCAAGGACAAGUGUUUCCUAUCAGCUACCGAGUGCCUGCAGAAGCUGAUCACUACGGUGGAUCCCCGGGAAAAGCUGGUGAUCCUCCAGAAGACGUAUGAGGAGAUAGAGAGCACGGUGUCUCGAGUGGUUGAGAAGGACUACAAGCUCCCCAUGGACGACCUGCUGCCGCUGUUGAUGUAUGUGGUCUCACGAGCAAAAAUACAGCACUUGGGAGCCGAAAUCCAUCUGAUCAGAGACUUGAUGGACCCCACCAAUCAAGGAGGACUCUAUGAUUUUCUGCUAACAGCACUGGAGUCGUGCUACGAACAUAUUCAGAGGAUGCGGCUCCAUCAGAGAGAGAACUGCCACGGGACUCACAGCCCCUGAACUGGGAGCCCACCGAGUCCACUCUCCCUCCUGCACUUUGCUGACCAGACACUGGUGGAUGAAGAAGCAACCGAGUGGCUGCUGGUUUUGGUUGUCCUCUUGGAAAGGAAGAAUGACUGUUUUUUCAGAUGAGGGUUUCUGUGUCGUUAUGGGAGCAUGUGUUAGUCUCUGCUGAGAUUUUCCUUCAGAAAUUCUUCUCUUGGUGAACUUUGCCCAUUUUUAUU